AUGAAGGCCACGCCCUCUUCUAGUCACUGGAUAUGCAAUUCCUGUCGAGCAACUCCCCGUCGGACUUACCGACCCGCAUUUAAACAUUCGGCUUUCGGGUUGACGCGCAAGUCAUCCACUACCUCUACAGCACUGUACAACGGUACUCCCAUACACACGCGAGGAGUCCUGCCAGACUCCCCAGCUCGCACUCGCUUUGCUCCGUCCCCCACGGGCAAUCUCCAUCUUGGCUCUAUCAGGACUGCGCUAUAUAACUAUUUACUGGCCAAAGCCACCAAGGGUCAAUUCCUCCUAAGAAUCGAGGAUACAGAUGCAAAGAGGACGAUUCCGGGCGCGGAGGACAGGUUAUACGAGGACCUGAGAUGGGCUGGAUUGCAAUGGGACGAAGGUCCGCUUGUUGGUGGCUCAUACGGUCCCUAUCGACAAUCCGAAAGGCUGGGAAUAUACAAAUCUCAUAUCCAACGCCUUCUCGACGCUGAGUUUGCAUAUCGCUGUUUCUGUACUCCAGAACGAAUCGACGAACUUAAUCGUCGUCGCCAUGAAAAGGGUCUCCUCCUAGGCUAUGAUCGAAAAUGCACGCAUUUGUCAAAAGCUGAAGCCGCGGAAAAGGCCCACGCCGGAGAGGCACAUGUCGUCCGCUUUCUUUCUCCUUCCGUUUGGCCCAGGUAUUAUGAUUGGGUCUUUGGUAAAAGUGGCCAUGGCCUCCAUAGGGGCAUGAGACUUCUGGUUGAUGAACCUGUCUACGAAGACACAAUUCUGAUCAAGUCAGAUGGCUACCCAACCUAUCAUUGGGCCAAUAUCUGCGAUGAUCAUGACAUGCAAAUUACUCAUGUCGUCCGUGGCUCUGAGUGGAUGACCUCCACCUCCCUUCAUGUUGCUUUGCACCGGUCCCUCGGCUGGAUUCCGCCAACCUACGCUCACGUCCCGCUCCUUACCAGUGAACAGGGUCAGAAGUUGAGCAAACGCACCCAAGACACUGAUGUUGCCACUUUCCGUGCCAAUGGUUAUUCUCCCGAGGCUCUGAUCAACUUUGCCGCACUUCUUGGCUGGUCACACCAGGAAAAGAAGGAUUUCAUGGAUCUUCAGCGAUUGACCGAGCUCUUCGACAUGAAGAUCACAAGGGGAAAUGUCAAGGUUUCCUUCAAAAAAUUAAAACAUCUGCAAGUGCACUAUGCCCGUCGACACAUCGAAGCCGGCGACGACAUCUUCCAGCAAAUUGUUGGCGACGUGGCGCUUGCCCUUGUCAACAAAUACGGAGCCCAGCGAAUCUUGACCUUCACCGGAGACAGGCAAUUAAGAGAUGUCGUGGCGAGCAUGCUCCGCCUCAGAUUCCUGACUUACGACACCCCUGCCGAUUACGCGGAUAACCUCUGCAUUCUCUUCAAAGACCCCCCCGAAGUCAUGCCAGAUUUCCCCAUCGCACCUGAACACAUACACCUUGUACACUAUCUCCAGAUCGCUGCCACCGCCCUAACCCUCGUGCCAAAGGAACAAUGGACUGACUCAGUUCACCACGCCAACCUCACCGAGCUUGAAACUCGCCCUGAUCAUACCAUAUCCACUACAGAUUGGAAGAAACUCCUCUACCAGUAUCUUCGGUGGGCGGUGCUCGGGCAGAAAGACGGCCCUGCCGUCUCACAGUGCAUGGAGAUCCUAGGCCGCGAGACGUGUCUUGCUCGUAUCCAGCAGGCAAACACCAAGUUGCGGGAGAUGGAGCUUCGCGAAGCACAGCCCGUCCUCGAACAGCAGGGCUGGAAGGGCGAUGUCGACGGCAAGAGACGGGCCGAGAAGGACUAUAAUUGGACGUCAUAUGCUCUGCAACAAGACAAGGAGAAUCGUAGGUAA